GGUGGGAAGAGUGGUCACGUGACCCCGUUGGUACGUUUCUGCGCUUAACUCACUCACUCAUCUGUCAUCACCCUCUUUCAUUUCAUAAAAAGCUCCAAUACACACAAAACAUUACUCACAUACAUACAUGAAAAAGGUAACGUCCGUUUAGUUUUCCAAACUCCAAAGUCUCUUUCACUCCCUUUUCUCUCCCUCUUUUCAAACCAAAACCAAAACCAAAACAAAAACAUCUCUCUCCCUCUCUCUCCCUGCAUCUCUCUCGUGAUGGCGGAGCUGUACGACGGCAAAAUGUGGCUUCCUUCCGGCGUAUUCCCGCCCGGCGAACUAACGGCGUCUCCGUUGGGGACAAACAUCUUCUCCUACUACUCCUCCGGUCCUCACAGCGUCGCUGAUUGUAAUUUGCUUCCGAGUAACAUCAAUCACCGUCCGUACAGCGCUCAGUUGUAUAGGCCGGCGGCUCAGCACGGUUCACUACUACAAGGUGGCGCUGCCGCUGCAUAUGGAGCAAACAACAUGUUUUUCGCUCCGGUUCAGCUUCAGGUUGAGAUGUUGAGGAGAGAAGAGAUGAUGUUGAGAAGUAGGUCAGGCCAGAAUUUAGGGAUUCCGGGUGGGGUAUUACAGUACGAGAAGCAGAAGAAGCUGAUUCGAGGUCCUGGAGGGGAAUACAGGGGAAAGGGAACUGGUGUGUUUAUCCCUCGCACUUCGGUUAAGAACAAUGUUGGCGGUGCUGCUCGUGCAACUAGAACCAGGGAGGGUGCUUUGUCAUCUACAAUUCGGAACUUCAGUGUGGGAGUUGAUGAGAAAGAAAAGAAUGCCCACUUUCCUCCGCUGGCAUGUGCAAGGAUCAAACAGGAGAAUCAAGUGCAUUCACACAUAAAUUCCGGGAAAAGGUUUGAUGCAGGGAAGGAAGCAGAGUGCCAUUACCAGCUUCCACCAGAGCUGGCUUUGCCCCCAGAAUGGACUUACUAAGCUUCUCAUCUUGCUUUAAUAAGUGGAGCGCCAUUACAAUUCUGUUACAGAGACUGACUUUGACUUUAGAAUGGACUUGCUGAUGUUCCAGUAGUUCAGUAGUGGUUGGCACUCUGUUCUCUUAGGUUGCUUGGAUUGCUACUGUAGUUUGUAGAAAUAAGGCUUAAUGAGCUUUAUAAGUGUAUCUUGUAGGAAUAAGUGUUUGGUUCAGUCCCUUGAUCCGAAACUUAAAAGUUCUGAUCAUAUGCUAUUAGUACUAGAACCAAAUCUUGAAAUGCCCCUUGUUAAAAUGAUGGUCCAUCUAACAAAAAAGCCUAGAAAACUAAGAUUACAAUUUUAGCUACUGAUUUGAAUUUGAAGAUUGUUAUUCUUCUUUGCACAUCAACAGGAAUGGUCCUGAACCCAG